ACAGUACCUUCCCACGUCCCUCUUUACUUGUGGUACAGUGUGUACCUGUCACUGCUGCCCCCAGCUGACACAAGGCCACAGGGACCCUUAACCUGAGCAGCUGAGCCACGUGGCUCCCUGGCUGCUAUAAAGCUCCUGGUCCCCAGGAGUCCAGCCUAUCUCCUUUCAGGAUGGCGUUCCUGUGGGUAGUUGCCUGUCUGGCUCUUGCCAGCGCCGUCUCAGGUAAGUGCUGCCCAUGGGUGUGGGAAGGUGCUCGGGGUGCAGCAGGAUGCCUUGGAGGGUGACACGGUGCCACCCACACCAGCACAGGCAGCACCCAGAUGAGUCCUGAGCUUUUUGGUCACCCCUGUGCCUCUCCUGCAGGCUGCGGGGUGCCCGCCAUCAGUCCCUCGCUGUCCUACAACGAGAGGAUCGUCAAUGGGCAGAACGCUGUGCCCGGCUCAUGGCCCUGGCAGGUGUCCCUGCAGACCCGCACAGGAUCCCACUUCUGCGGUGGCUCUUUGAUCAACCAGUACUGGGUCGUCACAGCUGCCCACUGCAACUUCAACCCGCUCUCCCACGUCGUUGUCCUCGGGGAAUACAGCCUGGCUUCCAGCUCUGAGGCCGUUCAAGUGAAGACCGUGUCCAGGGCCAUCACCAACCCCGGCUGGAACCCCAACACCAUGAACAACGACAUCACCCUGCUGAGGCUGUCCACGCCCGCCCAGCUGGGAGCCCGUGUGAACACCGUCUGCCUGGCCCCUGCCAACCUGGUCCUGCCCAGCAACGCCUGGGCUGUCACCACCGGCUGGGGACGCACCAACCCCAACUCCCAAGCCUUGGCAACAGUCCUGCAGCAGGUGUCCGUGCCCCUGAUCUCCCAGAGCCAGUGCAUGCAGUACUGGGGCAAUGCCAUCACCAGCGCCAUGAUCUGUGCCGGUGGCAACGGUGCCACCUCCUGCCAGGGUGACUCUGGUGGACCUCUGGUGUACCAGACUUCGAAUGGCUGGACCCUCAUUGGCAUUGUGUCCUGGGGAACCUCCAACUGCAACAUCAACACUCCGGCCAUGUACACUCGCGUCAGCCAGUUCCGUAACUGGAUCGACGCCAUCGUCGCUCAGGGAUAAAUCUGUGGCCAGUGUGAUCC